AUAUAUAUAUAUAUAUAUAAAAGCAAAUUGUAAAUCAUAAGACCAAUAGGUAUCUUCAAUUUCUGAAAUCGAAACCCUAAAAUCUUAGAUCCCCUCCCUAAUAAUCGACAAUAUUGUUCAAAGAAAAUUAAAAUCGGCGAUAGCGUCUGACUCGGUGUGCCAUUCUUCAUCCGCCUCUUUUCAAUUUCAUAUUAAACACCGGCUUCGCUAUCAUCUUCACAGUCGACAUCGUUGUGAGCAUACAUAUUUUUGUGGGCUCAGUUUAGUAGCUGCAAUGGAGAUGGAAUUGUCUGAAUCAAGGUAUGAGGAUGGGGUUGAGAAGUCGAGCAAGCAUGCUAGUAGAGAUAAGGAUAGAAAGAAAAGUAGCCGAGGAGAAGAUAGAGAUACCAUUCAUCAUAGAAACAAGGACAGGGAACGGUCAAAGAGAAAUAGGGAAGAUGGUAGCAAAGAUUCGGACAAGAAUCAAGAUGAGUAUAUGGAUAGGGAGUGUGUCAAGGAUAGGAGUAGUAGGGAUAGUAAGGUAAGGGAUAAAGAUAAAGAUCGGGAAAAAACUAGAGAGAAGGAUCGCGAGCGCCGAGGGAAGGAGAAGGAGCUAGAGAGGGAGAGGGAGAGGGAGAGGGACAAGGAAGUUGACAAGGAAAGGGGAAAGGAGAAGAGUAGGGAUAGGAAUAAGGAUAGGGAGAGAGAGAAAUAUAAGGAUCGAGAGGUUGAUAAAGAUAGAGACGUGCAAAAAGGAAAAGAGAAGACUAAGGAGAAAGAGGAAUUUCAUGAUAAAGAUAGGUUGCGAGAUGGGGUUAGCAAAAGAAGCCAUGAGGAAGAGAAUGACAGAAGCAAGAAUGAUACAAUUGAAAUGGGCUAUGAAAGAGAAAGGAACAGUGAUGUUGGAAAGCAAAAAAAGGUUUCUUUUGAUGAUGACAAUGAUGAUGAGCAAAAGGUUGAACGCACAUCAGGUGGCGGACUUGCAUCUUCCUUAGAAUUUGAGGAGCGUAUUUUGAAGGUGAGAGAAGAAAGGUUAAAGAAAAAUUCAGAUGCUGGUUCUGAGGUUUUAUCUUGGGUUAAUAGAAGUCGUAAGCUUGCAGAGAAAAAGAAUGCUGAAAAGAAGAAAGCCAAGCAGCUGUCGAAGGUUUUUGAGGAGCAGGACAAGAUUGUUCAAGGGGAAAGUGAAGAUGAGGAGGCAGGCGAGCUUGCUACUAAUGAUCUAGCUGGAGUUAAGGUUUUACAUGGCCUUGAGAAGGUAAUGGAAGGUGGAGCAGUUGUUUUGACGCUCAAAGAUCAAAGUAUACUUGUAGAUGGUGACAUUAAUGAAGAGGUUGACAUGCUUGAAAAUAUCGAAAUUGGAGAGCAGAAGCGCCGAAAUGAGGCUUAUAAGGCUGCUAAGAAAAAGACAGGAAUUUAUGAUGACAAGUUCAACGAUGAUCCUGCUUCGGAGAGGAAAAUACUUCCACAGUAUGAUGAUCCAACUACAGAUGAGGGGGUAACUCUCGAUGAAAGGGGGCGCUUCACUGGUGAAGCUGAGAAGAAGCUGGAAGAGCUCCGCAGAAGACUACAAGGUGCUUUGACAGAUAAUUGCUUUGAGGAUCUCAACUCCUCUGGAAAAAUGUCAUCAGAUUUUUAUACUCAUGAGGAAAUGCUUCAGUUUAAGAAGCCCAAGAAAAAAAAGUCUUUGCGGAAAAAGGAGAAGUUGGAUAUAGAUGCCCUUGAAGCAGAAGCUGUCUCUGCAGGAUUGGGUGUUGGGGAUCUUGGUUCUCGAAGUGAUGGGAGAAGGCAGGCCAUUAGAGAGGAGCAAGAGAGAUCUGAAGCAGAAAGGAGAAGUAGCGCAUAUCAGUCUGCAUAUGCGAAAGCAGAUGAGGCUUCUAAAUCACUGCGACUUGAACAAACACUUCCUGCUAAAGUGAAUGAGGAGGAAAAUCCUGUCUUUGCAGACGAUGAUGAGGAUCUUUUCAAAUCCUUGGAAAGAGCAAGGAAAUUAGCUCUUAAAAAGCAAGAGGAGGCAUCUGGCCCUCAAGCAAUCGCUCGACUAGCUACUGCCACAAACAAUCAAAUUGCAGAUGAUCAAAACCCUGCAGAUGGAGAGUCACAGGAAAAUAAGGUUGUCUUCACUGAGAUGGAAGAGUUUGUUUGGGGCCUUCAACUUGAUGAAGAGUCCCAUAAGCCUGGUAGUGAAGACGUUUUCAUGGACGAGGAUGCAGCACCGAGAGUUUCUGAUCAAGAAAUGAAAGAUGAAGCUGGUCGAUGGACAGAAGUGAAUGAUGCUGCUGAAGAUGACAACUCAGUCAAUGAGAAUAAGGAGGAUGUAGUUCCAGAUGAAACCAUUCAUGAAGUUGCAGUGGGGAAAGGAUUAUCCGGUGCAUUGAAGCUGCUCAAGGAACGAGGAACACUUAAAGAAACCGUUGACUGGGGUGGCAGAAACAUGGAUAAGAAAAAGAGUAAACUUGUUGGCAUAGUAGACAGUGAUGCUGACAACGAAAAAUUUAAGGAAAUUCGGAUUGAGAGGAUGGAUGAAUUUGGGCGUAUUAUGACUCCCAAGGAGGCCUUCAGGAUGAUUUCUCAUAAAUUCCAUGGAAAGGGUCCUGGGAAAAUGAAGCAAGAAAAGCGCAUGAAACAAUAUCAGGAAGAACUGAAGCUGAAGCAAAUGAAAAAUUCAGAUACACCGUCAGAAUCUGUGGAACGGAUGAGAGAAGCCCAGAAAAAGUUGAAGACACCCUACCUUGUCCUUAGUGGUCAUGUUAAAUCAGGACAAGCUAGUGAUCCUAGAAGCAGUUUUGCAACUGUUGAGAAGGAUCUUCCAGGGGGCUUGACGCCCAUGCUUGGAGACAAAAAGGUUGAGCACUUCUUGGGAAUUAAACGCAAGGCUGAGCAUGAGAACUCCAGCCCGUCAAAGAAGCCUAAAUCUUGAAAAGUUGACUGAAAUUUCGAGAUGGUAUUACCUUUAGUCAAAAGAAGUUAUCUGGAGAUAAUAGCGUGAAAUUAUCAUAUUGGACCCUGAAAGUGUAGCAUCCUGCUAGGACGUUGAGCAAGAGAUUAUCCUGGCAGUCUGAUGGAUAUUCAUUGUCUGUUUGUGCUUUUGGCUGUAAAUAAAGUUAAAUUGCACAAUUUAUUAAGGAGUCUGUCAAAAUUUUUGUGAUGUGGAUACACCAGUUUAGAGCUGUUUCAGAUAGAUUCUUUGGCAACUGUAAUGAUUCUUCUGCUCUAUCAUCCCUCCAGAGGAAGUAUUAUGAGGCUGAGCCUAGUGGAAAAUCUGUUAUCUAUUACAGCUACAUAUGCUUAUAGACUCACAAUUACCCUUUUUAUCCUUGCUUGAAAAAAAAGGUAUACUGUUAAAUUC